GUUGUCUCAUAACCACCUUACUGAGCAUCACUGUUAGCCAGUUCCAUGAGCUGAUCGCCCCAUUUCCCAUGGCAAAUCCUACACAAGGUCGUUCCUCUUCCAUCCUGCUAGCAUCUGGACGCCAGGCACCUCAACAGGCCGUCCUCCUCUGGGCUGCUCCACAGUUCGUGUCAAAGUGUGGGCUACAUCAUGGAAAAAGAAAGCCUCCUCGCUGCAGCUUCGCCUGCUCGGCCUCCGGGAUUCCUUCCACCGAACCACCCUAUGUUGAGGAGAUGUUGGCACGAGAAAAUGCAAGGACGCGCAACACGGAACGGAAGGCUAGAAUACGGAAACAUCUGGAGAAACCUGAAUUCUCGCCAUCUGCCUAUGACACAGCAUGGGUGGCUAUGGUGCCAUUGCCCGACACCAAUCGGCAGGCUCCAUGCUUCCCUCAGUGUGUUGAAUGGAUAUUGCAAAAUCAACACU